ACGAAUCUCAUGGACCCCUACGUGUUGGUAUAGUCCCAGUUGUUUGAAGUGGCAGACGAUUAACUUUCGAUAUUACGGCUGUUAUUGGAUCAAUUAAGUACCGUUUGUUGUCUUACUGCAAACUGAAACGACGACAAACCCAAGGUGUAUCGCUUCGUUCUUAAAAAAAUUAUAAUUUAGUUGACAAGGCAUAGCUAUGGCGUUUCAGAUAUCAAAACUUGCUACUCGUGUUUCACUUUCAAAAAGCGUUGGAUUAAUAUCCAGAGCUGAUAACAAAUUCUCGGGUCACCUCAGCAAAUGUAACGUUACACAUGGCUUAACCGAACGCUUCUUCUUCACAGGCGGUAAACAGUUAGCAAAUAUUAAAGUGUUGAAUUCUCAGAGACUCGUACCUAAGGUGUGGGAGAAGGUGUGCACGAGCUCAAAGUUACCUCCUCACCGUCAGGGUGGGAGGGCUGUUGCCAUCGGCGUUUUGGGGGUAUCAGCUGCGGUGAUAGCGACCCUGCAUACGGGCACGCUACACGCCAUGAGCGCGCGACCCGACUUGAAUCUCGACUCUGACAGCGGUGACUGGAAAGAUGCAAAGAAUAAGCUUUCCUCAAUGGACAAAGAGGCGAGGAGGAAAAUGUACAGGAUUGACUUCAUUCCUCUUGAAAACGUUCCUGUAUGGAGAUCGACAGGUGACUCCUCUUGUAAGCCUCUUUACAAAGCCAACGAAGAGCUGAAUAUGAAAAUAUCUCUCUUCAGAGGUGACAUCACAAAACUGGAGAUAGAUGCGAUUGCCAAUGCAGCUAACAAGACAUUGCUGGGUGGAGGAGGAGUGGACGGUGCCAUUCAUCGUGGAGCUGGUCCUCUGUUGAGGAAGGAGUGUGCCACUCUGAACGGCUGCGAGACUGGGGAGGCAAAGAUAACAGGAGCGUACGGCCUGCCUGCAAAUUAUGUUAUUCACACUGUGGGGCCGAUAGUCCACGGUUCAGUGGGGGAGAAAGAUAAAGAAGCCCUGAGAAACUGCUAUUAUAACUGCCUACAAACAGCAACUAAAAACCACCUGCGGACUGUGGCUUUUCCCUGCAUCUCUACUGGAGUAUACGGAUAUCCUCCUGAUCAAGCAGUCGAAGUUGCCCUGAAAACAGUAAGAGAAUACCUGGAGGAGAACCAUGAGAAGUUGGACCGGGUCAUCUUCUGUGUGUUUCUGAAGUCUGACAAAGAGCUGUAUGAAACAAGACUGCCUGCCUACUUCUCACAAGGUUCACCACCAAAGAGCAAAUUAUGAGAGGAUGUCAUAGUUGCUGUGGAAACGCCACACAAGUUCAAGCCUCUUUUCCGCCACAUCAGUGUGUGUCUCGCUUUUACCUGAUGCGUUCUGACAAACAACAGCUAUAAUAACAGCUGCCUGGCACCGUCUGAUUCAUUCAUAUCACCCAAACAUUGCUACAGUACAUGUAAUUCAGGUAUUGCUGCUAUAAGUUUCCUGAUGAAGUCAUGAUGUUGUUUAAGUUGUGCUUAGGAUAUAGUUCACCCCAAAAAAAUCUGUCAUCAUUUACUGCACUCGUGUCGUUCCACACUCGUGUCAUUUUUCACAGGUCACCAUACUUACUUUUAUUGUACUGAAUAGAAAAAAAAGUGUGAACCUACUGUAUAACACAUUUGUUUGUGAAGGAAGAAAGAAAAUCAUGUGGGUUGAGGGUCAGUAAAUGAUAAUGACAUUUUCAUUAAGGGGUGAACUAUUAUUUAAACAUUGUCGCAAUGUGCUAUUCAUUAAACAUCUUUCUCUGAAA